AUGUGUCGUACUUAUUCCUGUCUUGCCGUACCAUGCCGUACUACCUUUUUUCAAUCGUUCAGGGAGCUAUUGCGGAAGGCCGGGCAGCAAACCGGCCCCUCCGGUGCCAGUACAGCAGCAGCCAUCCGCCUGGUGCCGUACGACGUUGAGGAGGAGUCGGGCAGCGCCGAUGGCGGCGACGACGCCGACGACCGAUCGGAUCGCGGCGGCGAUGAUGAUGACGAUAGCACUGACAACGAUGACGAUGGCGGCGAGAGGGCCGCCGGGCCCCGAAAUCAUCAGCACCACCACCACCACCACCAGCCGUUGCCACACAAGCCGGUGGCUUCGGGUCGUGGGGACUUGGUAUCCGACCGCUCCUGCUCUCUGACAUCCGGUGGUGGCGGCGGCGCGGCCGCCGCCGCCGGCGGCGGCGGCGGAGCCACCGCCGCUGGAGCCACGGCAUCUACCCAGGUGACGGCGGCGGCGGCAGCAUCCUCCAGCGAUAGCGACAGCAGCGAAGACCGACGAGCGCAUAAAAAGCACAAAAAACACAAAAAAGAGAAGAAAUCCAAAGAACAUAAAAGGGAUGGCGGCGGUGGCGGCGGCGGCAAGCACAAGGUUAAGAAGGAGAAAGAAAAAGAGAGGAACAAGGACAGGGAUAAGACUGCGCUCCGGGACCGCGAAGGAAAGGUGCGGGACGGCCGGCGGGGCGGUGGCGGUGGCGCGCCGCCGCCGUACGACGAUGACGAGGCACCGUACGACGACGACAAGUACGACAACGGGGAUCGGGGUUACGACCCGGAAGAUUACCACGGGGAGGGUUUCGCGGAGGACCGUGACGGGGAACGGUACGCGCCGUCGACGUCUCGAGGAAAACACGGUGCCGCCGCCGCCGCCGCCGCCGCCGCCACGUCGGCGCCGUCGCCUGCUGGCAAGGCUGCGGCGGUGGUGGCGACGAGCAGUGGCAAGGGCGUCGGCAGGAGAGCUGAGGAUGGCGGAGGCGGCGGUCGGGGACACGAGCGAAGCCGGAGUCGUAGCCCCGUGCGCGGCUCCCGAGGCGGCGGCGCCGGAGCGGACGUGGGACGGUACGGCAGCGGCCGCGGCGGCGGGAGCCGCCGCGGCGGCGGCGACCAUGACGAUCACCAUGACCUGCCGGAGUCCGACGGAGGUUCGCGGCGCGGCCGCAUCGAAUGGGUAUUGCGAAAAGGCAGUGGCGGCGCCAGCGCCGGCGCCGGCGCCGGCGACUCCACCGUUUUUGCUGGCGCCGCCGGCGGCGCCGCCGGCGCGAAGGAUGCAGAGGGCUCUCGCGUGCCUUCGCGUCAGGGGGGCUUCGCGGCGCGUAUGUUCAAUCAAACGUUGGGGCAGGCUCUGCAGGAACAGCAGCAACAACGUCGCGGCGGCGGCGGCGGCGCUACUGCCGUAGGAGAUGACGCGGCCAGUGGCGGCGGCGGCGGCGGCGGCCGCAGCAGCGAUCGCUGGCUUGAACGUGAGACUAUCCCCCGGCGGGAGGAGCGUCGAGAGGUUCGGGAAGCUUCUCGAGGCGGCGGCGGCGGCGGCGGCGGCGGUAGAGGUCCCGGUGACAAAGGGGGGGACAGCGAUGAGGACCGGCCUCGGCGGCGUUACCGCGACUGA